UUCAUGUUACCGGAAGUGUGAGGGGUGUUCCCAGCUGAUCUGAACAACAGAAGUAGCAGGAUCUCCAUCUGCGGACCGACCUGUCUACGUUGUUCUCGGCCGCCGCGUCAGAGCGCCCUGGUCCUGACCCCCCAGCGGCCUCUUAAGCGUUAAGACCGGAAUCUUCUCCGGAGUGGAUUUGAGGAAGAACCGGGGGAUAUCCCGGUGUCCCCCAACCCUUUUCUGGUCCUCCUUGUAGCCGUCAGUUAGCUGCCGUGAACCGGUACCGUGGGCUGCUGAUAGCCCGGACUGUCAUGAUCCCAGCCCGGAGAUGGCGUCCUUCCCCGGUUUGUGUAAGGCUGUCGGGCCCGCGGAGGAGGAGAACGGAGAGCUGGACGGGUCUCUGCAGCAGAUGCUGAAGGCCAUCGCCGACGAGAGGAGCCGACUGAACAGCCGACAGGAGAUCAGCGGACUCGGCUGUUUUAAAGAUGACCGCAUCGUUUUCUGGACCUGGAUGUUCUCCACGUACUUCAUGGAGAAGUGGGCGCCUCGGCAGGACGACAUGCUGUUCUACGUCCGCAGGAAGCCCGCCUACGUUGGCGCAGACAACGGCGAGGGCAAAAAGGUGGAGGUAGAGGUCUAUAGGAGGGACUCUAAGAAGCUUCCGGGCCUCGGGGACCCCGACAUCGACUGGGAGGAGAGCGUCUACCUGAAUCUAAUCCUGCAGAAGCUGGAUUACGUCGUAACUUGUGCCGUCUGCACGCGCUCAGACGCCGGAGACAUCCACAUCCACAAGAAGAAGUGUCAGGAGGUUUUCGCAUCUCCCAGCAAACACGCCAUGGACAGCAAAGGAGAAGAGUCCAAGAUGAGCUAUCCUAACAUCUUCUUCAUGAUUGACAACUUUGAAGAGGUGUUCAGAGACAUGACUGUUGGCGAGGGCGAGAUGGUGUGCGUGGAACUGGUGGCGAGCGAUAAGAGCAACACCUUCCAGGGUGUCAUCUUCCAGGGAUCCAUCCGCUACGAGGCCCUCAGGAAGGUGUACGACAACCGGGUGAGUGUCGCUGCUAAGAUGGCCCAGCGGAUGUCCUUUGGCUUCUACAAGUACAACAACAUGGAGUUCGUGAGGAUGAAGGGGCCGCAGGGGAAGGGUCACGCUGAGAUGGCCGUCAGUCGCGUGCCGACGGGGGACACUUCCCCCUGCAACACCGAGGAGGACCAGGUGUCCCCCAUGCACGAGCGGGUGACAUCAUUCAGCACUCCUCCGACCCCGGAGAGGAACCGUCCUUCUUUCUUCUCACCCUCCCUGAGAAGAAAAGUGCCCCGAAACAGGAUCGCAGAGAUGAAGAAGUCCCACUCCGCCAAUGACAGCGAGGAGUUUUUCAGGGAGGAGGAAGAUGAAGAUAUUCACACCACCACCAACCUUCGCUCGCGCUCGCUGUCUGGAACCGGUCGUUCGCUGGUCGGCUCAUGGCUCAAACUGAACCGGGCCGAAGAUUAUUUCCUGCUCUACUCGCACCUGACCUACGUUACGCUGCCGCUGCACCGCAUCACCACAGACAUCCUGGAGGUGAGGCAGAAGCCCAUCCUGAUGACAUAACAGAGCUGGACUUGCCCUCAGAGCAUCUUUACAAAGUGCCUCCUCCAUCAGGCCACUGAAACAACAACAGCAGCGCCCCCAGGUGUCCCGGUGGAAACCUGCAGCCAACCACCUCCUUCGCCCGAGACGCUCGGCAGACGACCGAGGCGCAGAGACGCUCCACAGACAAACCAGCCAUUCAGGAAGUGCCUCGUCUUCUUUCCACCGCCCUGCCAAGUUCGAGGUCGUCUCCAUGGAAACUGACCUGGCAUCAGGACCACCUGACCUCAGCGUGAGCAGGCAUUGGCCGAACUCUGACCAGGAGGAAGAGGCGAAUGAAUGUUUGUUUUCCUGUAAAUAUCUGCUGCUUUACUCACUGAGGCGCCUUGACUGAAGGUUGUGCUUUUAAAGACGUCGUCUGUUUCCGACUGACGCGUCAGAGUUCUUCUUUUUUCUAAAGUUCUUCACCGUGUUUGGUCAACGUGACGCCAGUCCGACUGACGGUGGACAACGUGGGAGCCAUGAAAGUCGUUUUUAUCACCACAGACACAAAACAUCUGGGUCAAAAUGACCACAUUCACACCUGGAACAAAAUCCAACUUAUCUGUUAGAAAUAGCAUCCAUGUUGCGUUUACACACAGAUCUCAUGAGAGUUGUGAUGAAGUUGAAAAUGUAAAUUAGAGAAUACAUUUUCAAGAAGGUAAUAGUUUGCAAAAUUUUAAUUUUGAGAAAAAUAUUUUUAAUGUUCACGUUUGAAUCCCUGACCAGUCAACCAGCAGGUUCUUCUUUAUUCUUCGUGUCACUAUGAACAUAAAAAAUUAAAUAAAAACAUUUUACCAAGAAACAUUUACAUUUACUAACAAGCUGAGAGUUGCAGAGAUUUAUUUCAAGCAACUUUUGUUUACGCUGUUUAUUUUAAGUAGUAGUUUUUUUUUCUGUAAAUAAAAUGCGAUUUACUUGAAUAUUGUCACAGAUAACUGUCAGAAAAAGGGGGAAAUAUAAAAUUUAGUUUAAAACUAAUUUUAAUUUAAAAAAUAAAGUACAAAUGUGAGAAUAAAACUUUUUAACUCUAAUAAUAUACAUUCUUAGUUUUAAUUCUCAGUCUUUUUGACAUUACACAACUCACUUCAGUCCCAAACAAGAACUUAAAUCAUACAUGACUUGAACACAGAUUUUAAAGGGAAAACUCCAGAACUGAAUGGAUAAAUUGUUUGUCAAUGUAAAGUAAGUCAAUCUAUUUUCUCCUUUUGUGCUCUUGAAGCCUUAAAUCCAUCUAUAAAUUUCUUCUCUUUUCACUUUGUUCUUAUUUAUACGUUUUUCCCAUCAAAACCAACACUCUGAAGCUUUAAGCUGUUCCUCACCUGCCAAAUGGAAACUGCUUCUGUGCUAAAAAAAAAAUGCUUGGUCUUCAUGUUUUCCACUUGUUAUUCAGGUAAUUGGUUCACGCCUCAGCUGUGAAGGUUCUGGUGUCUUUCUAGUCAGUCAUUUCAUCGAUCAAAGUGAGGUUUUAUUUUUACAGUGUUGUCCGUAAGUUGUAAAGUUCUCCACGGGACGGGUUUUUUUUUCUCCCCUGGUUCAGGAGAUGCGAUUGCUCGUCUCUUCAGUGUUAUUGAUGAUGUAGUUUGUAGAACCUCCAGCUGAAUGUAUCCUCGCCAAUCAAUAACAAAGACUGCUUUAACUGAGAGACGUCUGACUGAGGUGACGGUUUGCACUGUAAAACGCUUUUAGCGCCUUUUUGAAAGCUGUUAAGAUGUUUUUGUUGACGUGUUCGUACAUCACGGCUUUUGUACACGUUAUUGUGCACACUGGCGGUCCUCUUUUGUUGCUCACUUUACAAACUUUACAUUUUCCUGUAUUUACUUAUUGAAAUACACAUUAGCAGAAAAAAA